GCUCCCUUCUCCGCCCUCCACUUUCCAUUCUCCAACCUCCCAAAAGCAUCUGUUUUCCUCCCAGGGGCAUUUGUUUUGCUCACGUGCGCAUCGCCCUUCCUUCCCGUAUCCCACGCGUCAUCAACAUGGAAACGGAGUUGGUCAACCACGGCGACGUCUUUAGCUCUUCACCGGGCAGAGCUCAAGAACACGAACAGUACAAGCGUACAAAAUCGGAUAACGCCAAUAGCUCUGUGGAGACCAGGUUCAUCUUCGGGGGGGACAAAGGCCAGGUAUCAAUAGGAAGCAUGUUCAUCCCCAAAAAGAAACCGCUUGGAAUGACGAGGCGACAAGUUGUUCCCACCGGUUCUCUGAGCUCUGUUGGUUAUCAAGGGGCUGCAGAAACCUCUGCUACGGACCUAAGGCGGCAACGCCAGAUGGGAAUGGAUAAGGGUGAGAAUGAAUUAAGAGCCUUGGGUCUGACCUCAAGAGCAGAGUUCGAAAACGGCAAAGAGGAACGUAAGGCGGGGAAAACCCGAGAACGAGAUCAGGACAAGCGGCGAUUUCAGAAAGGGGCUUUACACACUUCGCGUGUAUCCAGGUCUUGCUCCGCGGCCCAUGAUUUCUCCGACGAGUCAGACACAAAAAGUCCAGAAAGUUUCAAGAAGAGAUCUUUGUUGUCAUCAAAUCGAGAGGCAGACAGAGUGUUUGAACAGCUCCUAGCAACAGAGCAGAAUUUGGAAAAAUUGUACAAUCAAACAACAUCAGGUGCCAGAAGUGGUGUCACUUCUCGAAAAGCUGUUGAUGCGACCAGAAAGAAAGGCAAAGGACGAGAGUCUGAGCCUGUAGAUCUAAGGUCUCCUACAAAGCCAACAUCAGCAUUCAAAAGCAGUAACCGUGGGACUACAUCGAGCAAUAGAGCCGAAUCUAAUGCCAGGCGCUCCAAUGCUCUGAGACCAACCAGCUCUUCGCGAUCGCGCUCUCCUCAUAAAACCAAGGAGACAUCCAAGACCAAGGGGAGAAGUACCCUCGAUGGCGUACCGCGUAAUCGUCUUGUUUCUGUUACUAAAUCAGAAAUCAACGAUCGUCUAUCAUCUACGGUCGUUGAAGUCAGCGACACCGAGAAUGAUGAAGAUGAUGAACUUGCGUUGGGGAGCACACCACCCAAGCAUCAAUCAGAAGGUUAUAGAGACAAGGCUUCAGCUGCAUCCAGUUCGUCACUGUCCAAUGGGAAAGCGAAUGACGUGGAUGCCUUCAGUUUGAUGUACGGCUCCCAGGCGCCCACCAAACCCAUCAGAAAUGGAAGGCGUCUGGGCAGAAGAGACAGCGACGUUCUCGUGUCCCCUUCAGACGAGUCAAUGGUCUUUACGCCAAAACCUUCAAGAUCCCUUGCAGCGUCUAAGCGAGCCGAUAGAACCAUCAAUACUACUAAAAACAAAGCGACAAAACGAAGGUCGUCUAACUCUUCCGAUAAUGACGAAACCGUAGUAAGAGUGGGCAAGGGUAAAGGGAGGCCAUUGAGCGUGGAAGACUCCACGCCAAAAUCCAGGAAUAUGAAAUACACACGAGAAGGUGCUUCUAAAGCAGAUGUGAAAGCACAGCAUGAAGACAGCGAUGACGACUAUGUUAUUCACACGAAAAAAUCACCUGUGAAACGGAGAAAGACAACUGUUUCUCAGCGAUAUGGCAAAAAGACCAUCAACUCAGACGACGAAGACACAACACCUGCUCCCUUUGUCCCUGAAAAACUAACACCAGAGACUCAAAAGGAACGCGAAGAUACUACUCGACAGCCUUCAGUUAGAAACAAUGACAAGGGAUUUUAUUUCUUUGAGACCUUAUCAUCAAACAUGGAUUCAUCGGACUACGAUGAAUUUGACGACGAAUUCUUGGACGGCCCUUCAAUAUUGGUCAAUGCAGACGAUGAAUUGGAUGCUGAGAAGAUGGCUUUGCUGGGAGAAGAUGAAUUCACUAAGAAAGAACGGGAAUAUCUGUUGUCUCACAUGGAUUGGACCAAUCUUUGCCCUUACUGCAACUUGCCUCUUCCCAACAAGCCUAGCAAACACCACGAAUACCUCAAAGCUAAAUUACACAAGUUAUCCACUCCUGCCCCAACUGACGAAAAUCCCAAUGCCCGCGCGCUGAGUUGGCAAAAAGCAAUUGAGUUCUGUUCUCUCCAUCAUGCUGAAACUACCAUUAUUCCUUUGGGCAUACGUGCUGGUUUCCCAGUUGACAUCGAUUUUGGAAACCUGGACAGACGGCUAGAGACAGGAUGGAUCAGGAAUGAGCUUGAUAAAAUUGUCAGACAGCCAGAGGAGAGCGCUGUUUUUAGAGAGGUGAAAAAGGAAGUAGAGGAAGUCGGGCGCAUGAAGUGGAGCAGUUUGGCUCAUCAGUCAAAGGAAGAAAGAUUAGCAGCAGUCAAACCCGGGUACUAUGGUGAGCUUGGGAGAAUUAUUAUUACAGAUCAUUUCCAAUUACUUCGCCGAUUGAACUACAUGAUGCCCAAUAUCCCUCCAGCCAAAUCAGCAUCUGAACUCACUCAAGAUGUUGUUACCGCCAUCGAUCCUCUUUCACCCUCCGACUUUAUCGCCAAUGUUCUCGUGCCUGAAGCUGCUAAUUUCCUUAUUAUGCAAGACAGAGGGCGGGAAGGGUUUGAUCAGGCGGCAUACGAAGCGGCCUCCAAGACGAGAACAGAGAGCUCAAAGUAUGGCGAGUGGAAGUUCCCCGAGGCAUCGAAGAGUUCGAAGAGGGUGUUGGAGGAUCUUAGGUCUGGCAUCGACGAUAAGAGAAGGAGGCUGGCGAAGAUACGCGGGAAGAAGAAGAUGAAGUCAGAAAAGGAGAAUCUGGAGUCAGCAGGCGAGAGCGGAGAUAGGCAGGAGGAUUCCAUCGUCGUCGAGGAAUCGUCUAAGGAGGUGCAUCGUUCUAGUAGCUUGUAUGACAAAGGGUGGGAAGAAGAUCAUUGGAAAUCGGCUGCCAAAUUGGUUGAUUGAUGAUGAUAAUAAUAAUGUACAGCGACAAGUAUAAU